AUGGAGAAGUCGCCAGCCGAUCUUGAGGAAUUCGUUUGGGUCGAUAACAGGGAUUUCUUCGCAAACCAACCACCAGAGGUAAUACUGAAUAUAUUCAGCAAGCUGGCCGUGAAGGACCUGGGCCAGGCUGCCCUGGUGUGCCGCCAGUGGUGGGCCGUCUCGCUCGAGCCCUCCCUCUGGCGCUCCCUCUUCCUCGAGGCCAAGCGGGCGGGCACGAUCGAGAAGCCGGCCAGGGAGAGUGUGUCAGCGCCCGAUGACUCGUGGGAGGACGAGUUGGUGGACUGGAAGGAGCGGUACCGGACGACGUACCACUUCCGCAAGGGCAUCUUUAUGGGCGACCGCAAGAAGAACGAAAUCACCAUCCGCCUCGACUCUGCAUGCCUUGUCGCCGAAGACCCGGCGCUCACGCUCACCGGCGAGGUGACGCUCAUCGUGGCAUCGAAGAGCAUCACCACGCACGGCAUAUACAUCGAGUUCGAGGCCUACGAACGACGCUUCGCGCCCGAUGAGGAGAACGAAAAGAAGAAAACGUUAUGGACGCUGCACCACUCGGUGACGGACGAGGUGGCCUGGGAGGCGCGAACCAGCCGCAAAUUGACCUUCAUGCAGGGCACGCACCGCUUCCGCUUCCGCGUGCCAUUCCCGCGCUCCACCGCCCCGCCGUCCAUCACCAGGCACAUCCAGUCGAUCCAGUACUCGAUCGCCUACGGGAUGCGGGGCGUGAUCGCCUAUCCGUGGCCGUUCCUCGACCACUGGAACCCCAUCGCGCUCUAUCCGCUGAUCGUCCUGCCCAGCCCGCACACGCGGCUGGCCCUCAUGACCGCGGCCAGAGAGGCGCCAUUUGAGGAGACCUUCAGCCGCCUGGGACCGGGCCUGGAGUUCACCAUCUCCCUGCCCAAGUCCGGCUUCUUCUUCGGCGAAAAGGUGCGAAUGACGAUCAGCGUGCGCAAUGCGAUGCCCUGGGACUACGAGCAGAUCACGGUGCGGCCGAUCGAGCUCAUGCGCUGGCGCGGCCAGCCCAAGUGGAACAGCGUCGAGCCCACCAAAGCCGAGCUCGUCGCCCGACACCUGCGGCAGCACCAGCAGCACCAGCAGCGCCAGCUCCGGCGGCUCCUCUCGCCCCGCACCCUCGCCGCCGCCCACCAGCCCGACGCCGCCGACCACGCCGACCCCGACCAGCAGGCCCUCGUCGACGCCCUGCUCCAGUACGCGGGCGAGCAGGUGUUCAGGGUGGCGGUGCGGAAGAACAGCGCGCGGCGGUUCGUGCUCGAGUUCGCGGUGGACGAGGCCCACGUGCACCCGACGCCGUGGUGCCUGCCGCACACGGUCGAGCUCGAGCACCGGUACGCGCUCAAGGUCAAGCUCCGCAAGCAGGGCCUGUGGGCGGCCUCCACCACCGAGAAGGCCAUGACCGGUUCCAUCGUCUUCGACACCCCGCGUCUCCUCCUCCACCACCAACACCAGACAUAG